GCAAUUACUUAGAAUCCCCUCCAUCAAUAUGUUGUCUCUAGCUGUUAUAACGUUUUACAACUUUUUCUCUAUUCUUUUUGUUUGACUGUUGAAUUUAUUUAAAUAACAAAAGUUGAUAUACGAAACAAAAUAUGAAUGUACGAGAUGUUGUAGAAGAAUUAACACAAAUUAGCAUAGAAAUACGUCAAAAUCUGGAACCAUCAGUUGACAAAAAUAAGGAAUUGGUAUUACGACACAUCAAAGCGUUUUCAAAGAAAGAAACGCGGAUCGUCGAUUUUCAACCAGGUUUGGAAUGGUUCAACGUUACAGAAGGAUUAUCUUUAUAUCAACAUCUCAAUGGAAAAAUAAUUAUUUUGGAUUUUUUUACAUAUUGUUGCAUCAACUGUAUGCACAUUUUACCAGAUUUGGAUGCUCUCGAAAAACGAUUUUCAAUUAAGGAUGGCCUUGUUGUUGUUGGAGUACAUAGUGCAAAAUUUUCAAAUGAACGAGAUUCAAAGAGAUUGUUGUCAGCAGUACAGAGAUAUAACAUAAAGCAUCCAGUUGUAAAUGACAAGACAAUGUCAGUAUGGCGCAAUUUAGGAAUCUGCUGUUGGCCAACAUUGGUGAUGUUAGGACCCACUGGUGAAUUACUUGCAGUUUUUGUAGGAGAAGGACACAGAAAUGAACUGAUUCUAUAUGUAGAUGUAGCAUUAACUUACUUUAAAUCAUUGAAUAAAAUACUUCAAAAUGAUAUUCCUUUGCAACUGGCACGGCAUUUAUUGCCUAUUGGGAAUGAAAAUCUUUUGUUUCCAAGUAAGUUGGAAAUCGUUCACAAUGAGCAAGGAGAAAGUCUAGUUAUUGCCGAUACAGGCAACAAUAGAAUUUUAGUAACGGACACUGUAGGCAAUGUGCAACAUGUUAUUGGUGGUUCUAAUCGGGGUUUCAGAGAUGGAGAUUUUGAAAGUGCCAAGUUUAAUGCACCUCAGGGAGUAUGUAUAUUAGAUAGAUCAAUUUAUGUAGCUGACAAUGAGAAUCAUGCAAUUAGAAAGAUAGAUCUAAUAAAAGGAAUAGUAACCACUGUUGCUGGUACAGGGAUUCAAGGUCAUGAUUAUGUCGGGGGUAAAAUUGGUAAAGAUCAAGUUUUAUCUUCACCAUGGGAUUUGGCUGUUUAUAAAUAUGAACAUGAUAAAAAUAUUAUACCUGUAUUGUUGAUUGCAAUGGCCGGUACACAUCAGAUUUGGGUACUUUUUUUAGAAGAUACCAUUUGGUGGAAAAAUAGAAAAUACAAAGCAGGUACUUGUAUUGCUAUAGUGGGAAGUGGCAGAGAAGAAAAUCGCAAUAACACGUAUCCUUAUGCGGCUGGUUUAGCACAACCAUCUGGUUUAACUGUUGCUGAAGAACAAAAGAUUGUAUAUUUUGUCGACAGUGAAAGUAGUGCUAUUAGGAGCAUAGAUUUACAAAAUGGACAAGUUUCUGUUGUUUGUGGUGCAAAUAGAAAUCCAACAGAUCUACAUGAUUAUGGAGAUAUUGACGGUGCAAAGUAUCAGGCAAAACUGCAGCAUCCUUUGGGUAUAGUGUGGCACCCAAAAGAAAAUAUUGUUUACAUAACUGAUACUUAUAAUCAUAAAAUCAAAAUGAUUGAUGUAACUACUCAAUAUUGUAAAACCGUAUAUGGUGAUGGAAAACCAAAUGAGAAAUUUUCAUUUGAUGAACCUAGUGGUAUUGCUAUCAGUUCAGAAAAAGAUCUCCUGUAUGUAGCCGACACUAAUCAUCAUGUUGUGAAAGUUAUCGAUACGAAAAAGGAAAAUAUUACUACGUUACCGAUAAAUAUUUUAACGCUUGAAACUGACAAUAACUACAAGAAUGUUCAUUUUUUUGAUACUAUUAUCAGCGAAAAAGGCAGUAAAUUGAACAUUUUGUUCAAUGUAACUUUUGCUGAAUCUGAUUUAAAAUUGAAUUUAGAUGCACCACAAAAAUGGUCUGUGAGUUUGUCGACAAAUAGCUCUGGAUGGGUAGCUACGGAAAAUAAUGGAGAACUUUCGGAUCCGAUAUUGAUAACAUUUUCCGAAGGAAAUGAAACACACGAGGUGCGCGUAAUUUUAGAUAUUGUUGCUUGCAAAACUACCGAAUGUAUAUCAAAAAAAGUGUUAGUGGUGUACCGUGUACAUCAAAAAUCAAAUGCUUCUAAUAUUGUAACAGAAAAAAAAGAGAUUAUUGUUAAAUAAUAAGUACAUUUUUAUUGUGAUUC